CCAUGCAUUCUCACCACACCUCCAAUGUCUGCAUGAGGUUGUGGCUUGGCUGAGGGAGAGAGAGAGAGAGCUAGGGUUCCCUUGAGGCCCUGCAUUUGUUUUCUCCAUACGAGAGAGAGAGAGAGAGAGGAAGUUUGGAAAUUUUUGUUAUCUGGGAUAUGGCACUCAUACACAGUCAACACCCGUUAACACUUACCUUUGGCCUCCUAGGUAACUUUAUCUCAUUCCUGGUGUACCUGGCUCCAGUGCCAACAUUUUAUCGAAUUUACCGAAAGAAAACAACUGAGGGUUUCCAAUCGGUGCCAUAUCUGGUGGCGUUAUUCAGCUCCAUGCUUUGGUUGUACUACGCAUUAAUCAAAAAAGAUGCGGAGCUUCUCAUCACCAUCAACGCAUUUGGAUGUGUCAUAGAGACGAUCUACAUCGCCAUGUACAUUUCUUACGCACCAAAGGCUCCCAGGAACUUAACUCUCAAAGUAUUUGUUUGUAUGAACAUGGGAUUGUUCUCCUUGAUCGCUCUCUCUUCACACUUUCUUGUGAAAGAUUCACACCGUGUCCAAGUUCUGGGAUGGAUUUGUGUUGCAAUUUCUGUGAGUGUGUUCGCAGCACCCCUGAGCAUUGUGGCACAGGUAAUUCGAACAAGGAGUGUUGAGUUUAUGCCGUUUACUCUAUCAUUUUUCCUUACAUUGAGUGCCAUAAUGUGGUUUGCUUAUGGUAUUUUCCUCAAGGACAUUUGCAUUGCUCUCCCAAAUGUCGUGGGUUUUGUCUUGGGGCUGCUCCAGAUGCUUCUGUACGGACUAUACAGGAACUCCAAAAAGCUAAUUGCAGAGCAGACGAAACUACCGGAGCACAUAAAAAGUAUAGUGAUCUUAACCACGUUGGGGACUGCUGAAGUGUAUCCGCUGGAUGCUCAACCAUAUGCUGCUGAUGGUGGUGAUCAUGAUGUGAUGAACAAAGAUGCAAAAAAGCAUGAGCAAACAGAUGACCAUGUGAAAAGCAUGGAAACCCCUGGUCAGCAUGAACUCCAAGCAAUCGAAUGUCCAGUUUAAUUCACAUGCAUCAAGUAUCAUCAUCCUGUUAAGAGUCCUAGUACUACUGCUAUGUUCAUCGUUGUUGAUCUUAUUCCUCAUGUGACAUAACCGCGCGUACGUGCUUAUAUAUAUGUGUAUGUGUGUGCAGUUGAUGAAAAUAGUACCUGCGCUGGCGGGGUUUGAGUAAUUGUCAUCUGUUUUUCUUUUUUCUUUUUUCUUUUAAAAUAAAAUAAAAUAAAAUCCACAAGUUGUUACUA